AUCCCGGUCUGAAAAGCGCCCAACUAGCUACAAUAUCAAUCAAAUGGCUCGCGGAACGUUGUAAGUUAUACCAUUUCCAUAGUGGUUUCUCAGAGUUCGAAAUAUUGCGCUCGUGUUACUAAAGUUAUUGACGGCGCUUCGUUAUGGUGGUCCUGAACUGACAGCGACCCGGUGUGAGGGUACGAGCCUCGAGCCAGCUCAGCAUCGUUAACCAUGAAUGUGGUAGAAGGUAAAGUGAUAUAAAUCGGGAGUCUCAACGAAACUCGAUCGGGUCCAUCAACAGCUGGUUUGAUUGUCUGUGGUCAAUCUAUUGUAUUGUUCCUAAUGAAUGACUGUCGACCCCCAUCCCUCCUCUCCUACUCAUCAGAGGCGUCACGACACCACUGAAGUCGAGAGGAGAGGGGCUUGGAUGAAAGACAAGUGGAUGAAAGACACGUGUACGAUUCGAGUCUCGAGAAGAACAGAUGUUUUUCUCUCCAGAGCCAGUCUGUGAUGGACAUACUGUAGCUCAGUAACACGUGGCGCUCCUCAGCACCAGCUAGAACCCAGCAGAGGUCCAACGUGGGGGACUGGUCUCCGGAAGACUGACCCUGGCCCCUGGGCCAUGACAGAUCCCAUCAUGGACUUCUUUGACGACCCCAACCUGUUUGUGGGAGGGCUGGACGGGUUGGCUGAGGAGGGCUUCCCCCCUGGACCCUCGCUGGUGGAUGAGCUCAACCUCAGCGCAGGCUUUGAGCCUCUACAGGUGGAGCCAAUGGGGGCAGGGAAACACCCCGGGAUGAUACCCACCUCCACCCAACAGAGCAUGGCUUAUGGGCAGCAGAUGGGGAGUUUUCCAGGCAUGAAGGCCCAGAACUCCAUGGGACAGCCCUUCGCUAGCUCUGAGGGUGUGGGUGGUGGAGGGAUGAUAGCAGCACAGCAUACCCACUUCCAUGGACGCUCAAUUGGUCAGGCACCCCAAUCCAACGCGUUGUUUUCCAACAGCAGCCCCAUGUGGGGCAACCAGGACCAGAACGGGAACCUCUACCACUCAGUGCCCCAGCAACAACAACAACUACAUCAACAACAGCAGCAGCAACUCCACAACCAACAGCAUCACCUCCGACAGCAACAGCCACAGCAGCAGCACCACCCUUGUCAACAACAACUUCAGCAACAACAAGUGCAGCAGUUACAGCAGCAACACCAGCUUCUGAACCAGCGGCAGCAGCAGCACCUUCAUCAACAGGUAGUGAACCCUCAGUCUCUGCCCCAGCAGCACCACAGCUUCCCCUUCCACCAGGCUAACCAACAGCCAGCUUCCCACAACCAGCAGCUUACCACCGGGGGGACCCAGUUCCACUCCAGGGCUGUGCCUAACUCAGGGGCUCUGGCCACAGCUAAUGUGGAAACUCCCAAUGCCUCGCUGGCUGGAACCCCACCACAGCAGGGUGGCUACCAGCUGGUGCAGGGGGCCUUUCCUGGGGUAGGGCCAGAAGACUCUAGCAUGUCCUUCUCCAUGCAGACCUGCUCCCCCAUGGCUCACACCCUGUCCUCCUGCUCAGUGAGCUCCACCACCACCUACCCUCCCUCCCAGUACUCCUUCCCUGGCCAGGGACAGCCUGGCAUCUCCAGCCUGAGCCAGCCUCUCUCUUUAGCCCCAGUGUCCAUGAUCACCACCACCACUCCCCUGCCCUCCUCAGUGCCUGAACUCUCUCUCGUGGGAGCUGGAUGUGCGUUUUCGUCUGCUCCAGGGAUGACUCAGCAUCAUCAGCCCAAACAGGUCCCAGUCAGCCAGGCUGAGGACGAAUGUCCCUUCCGGGCUCUGCGCUGCUCCAGGCAGACCUUAGGGAACUACGACUCAUCCGAGAUGUUUGGCCAGGCCAUGAGCUGCUACCCCAGUGCAGUCAGCCAGCUCAUUCCAGACCAGCACCAGCCCCAGAACUGUGGAUCUAACUUGGAAGUUACCAGACCUCCGGCCAGCACCACUACCACUAACGGCUACGUGUCUCUAGAGGUUAGCCUGGCAGGGCUGCAAGGGGAGGUGGAGGCCCAAGGAGGGGGCUUUGAGGGCCUGGAGGCUCCGGACCUGCUGGCUGAUGAGCUGCUGCCUCAGCUGGAGGCUGCCCUCAGUCAGCACGAUCACCAUGACUCCAACUGUUCCUGGACCAAUGGUGGGGAUGGAGAGAGGAAUGGAAAGGGAGAGGAAGAAGAAGAGAUGAAGGAGGAAGAAAGGAUCUCCAUAUCCAUGGACUACAAGAUACAGCCUCCCAAGAACAAGAAUGCUAAUGGUCCCAACAGCCACACAGCAGCGCGGGUCCUCAGCCCCCCGAUGAAGAGCAGCUCAUCCUCCUCGUCUUCGUCCUCCUACAGCUUGUCGUUGGAGAAGCGGGCCCAGCGGAGGCUGGUGAAGGAGCAGAGGGAGCAGCAGCAGCAGCAACUGAUGGAGGAGGCUGGGGAGGACAAGCAGCAGAAGGCUAACAGGAUCAUCCAUGAGGCCAUUGCUAAGGCCCGGGAGAGAGGAGAGAAGAACAUCCCCAGGGUUAUGAGUCCAGAGAGCUUCCCCUCUGGGAGCUCCUCGGCCCACAGGAGAGAGAGGGAGAGGGACAGAGACAGAGACAGGGAGAGGGACCGUGGCAACAAGACCAGGACCAAGGCCUCCAAGAAAGCCCGCAUUGUGCCCUCGUCCAAGCCCAAACAGAAGGCCAAGAUCGGGAAAAUCGUCAUUAAAUUUGGAGGGAUGAAGAAGAAGAGGGAGACAGAGUCUUCAGAGGAGGGGUCUGAUGAAGAACGUCCGCCUCGAAGAUCCUUUAAAGACGAUGAUUCGACGCGUCGGUCGAACCGCCAGGUGAAGAGGAAGAAGUAUGCAGAGGAGGGAGAGGCCAGGGUGUCUGAUGAGGAGGUGAAGGUCAUGGUUAAAACCAAGAAGACCAGCACUGCUGCAGCACGCAAAGAGCCAGCACAGCAGCUGUUUGUGGAAAACCCCAGUGAGGAGGAUGCUGCGGUUGUUGACAAGAUCAUGUCAUCUCGAAUAGUCAAGAACGAGGUCGCUCCAGGAGUUAUCGUAGAAGUGGAGGAGUUCUUUGUAAAAUACAAAAACUACUCCUACCUCCACUGUGAGUGGGCCGUAGAGCAGCAGCUGGAGAAAGACAAGAGGAUUCAGCAGAAGAUCAAACGUUUCAAGAUUAAACAGGCACAGAGAGCCCACUUCUUUGCAGAUAUGGAGGAGGAUCCCUUUAACCCUGACUAUGUGGAGGUAGACAGAGUACUGGAGGUGUCCUAUUGUGAAGACAAGGACACAGGAGAGCAGGUGGUGUACUACCUGGUGAAGUGGUGCUCUCUGCCCUAUGAAGACAGUACAUGGGAACUGAAGGGGGAUGUGGACCAGAGUAAAAUAGAGGAGUUUGAGCUGCUGCAGGCAGCAAGGCCAGACUCCCGCAGGAUGGAGCGUCCCCCAGCCAGCCUGUGGAAGAAGAGGGAUCAGUCGAGGGAGUACAGGAACAGUAACGUCCUCAGGGACUACCAGCUGGAGGGAGUCAACUGGCUCCUCUUCAACUGGUACAACAGACGGAACUGUAUCCUGGCAGAUGAGAUGGGUCUGGGGAAGACCAUCCAGUCCAUCACGUUUCUGGAGGAGAUCUGGCGUGUGGGCAUCAGGGGCCCCUUCCUCAUCAUCGCCCCCCUCUCCACCAUCGCCAACUGGGAGAGGGAGUUCAGAACGUGGACCCACCUCAACGUUAUUGUCUACCACGGCUCCAUGGUCAGCAGGCAGAUGCUGCAGCAGUACGAGAUGUACUCCAGAGACACACAGGGUCGUGUGGUGCGGGGAGCCUACAAGUUCCACGCCCUCAUCACCACCUUUGAGAUGAUCCUGGGCGGCUGUCCAGAGCUCAACGCCAUCGAGUGGCGCUGCGUCAUCAUAGACGAGGCCCACCGCCUCAAGAACAAGAACUGCAAGCUGCUAGAGGGCUUCAAGCUCAUGAAUCUGGAACACAAAGCUCUCCUGACAGGGACCCCCCUCCAGAACACAGUAGAGGAGCUGUUCAGUCUGCUGCACUUCCUGGAGCCUCAAAGCUUCCCCUCAGAGAAUACCUUCAUGCUGGAGUUUGGAGACCUCAAGACUGAGGAGCAGGUCCAGAAGUUGCAGGCCAUCCUGAAGCCCAUGAUGCUGCGUCGUCUCAAGGAGGACGUGGAGAAGAAGCUGGCUCCUAAGGAGGAAACCAUCAUUGAGGUGGAGCUGACCAACAUACAGAAGAAGUACUACAGAGCCAUCCUAGAGAAGAACUUCUCCUUCCUGUCUAAAGGCGUCGGCCAGGCCAACGUCCCCAACCUGGUCAACACCAUGAUGGAGCUGAGGAAGUGUUGUAACCACCCCUACCUCAUCAAAGGUGCUGAGGAGAAGAUCUUGGAGGACUUCCGAGAGGUGUACAGCCCUGUUGCCUUUGAUUUCCACCUGCAGGCCAUGGUGCAGUCGGCUGGUAAACUGGUCCUCAUAGACAAGCUGCUGCCCAAGAUGAAGGCCGGGGGACACAAGGUCCUCAUCUUCUCCCAGAUGGUCCGCUGUCUGGAUAUCCUGGAGGACUACCUCAUCCAGAGAAGGUACCUGUAUGAGCGUAUCGAUGGCAGAGUGAGAGGUAACCUGCGUCAGGCAGCUAUAGACCGUUUCAGCAAACCCGACUCGGACCGCUUUGUGUUCCUGCUGUGUACCCGGGCUGGAGGUCUGGGCAUCAACUUGACUGCUGCUGACACCUGUAUUAUCUUUGACUCAGACUGGAACCCACAGAACGACCUGCAGGCCCAGGCUCGCUGCCAUAGGAUUGGUCAGAACAAGGCGGUGAAGGUGUACCGUCUGAUCACCAGGAACUCUUACGAGCGGGAGAUGUUUGACCGGGCCAGCCUCAAACUGGGCCUGGACAAGGCUGUGCUGCAGAGCAUGAGUGGCAGAGAGAACAGCGUGCCGGGAGGAGGGCCGACCCAGCAGCAGCUGUCUAAAAAGGAGAUCGAGGACCUGCUGAGGAAAGGGGCGUAUGGAGCUCUGAUGGACGAUGAGGAUGAGGGGGCCAAGUUCUGUGAGGAGGACAUCGACCAGAUCCUUCAACGCAGGACCAAGACCAUCACCAUCGAGUCUGAGGGACGGGGAUCGACCUUUGCCAAGGCCAGUUUUGUGGCAUCCGGAAACCGCACAGAUAUUUCUCUGGACGACCCCAACUUCUGGGACAAGUGGGCCAAGAAGGCUGAGAUUGACAUGGACACUGCCAAUGGCAGAAACAGCCUGGUAAUUGACACUCCGAGGGUGAGGAAGCAGACCCGACCCUUCAGUGCCACUAAGGACGAGCUGGCAGAGCUGUCAGAGGGGGAGAGUGACAAUGAGGACAAGCCCAAGCUCCGCCGGCCCCACGACCGCCUCAACAGCUAUGGCAGGACAGAGUGCUUCAGAGUGGAGAAGAACCUACUAGUAUACGGGUGGGGUCGUUGGAAGGAUAUCCUGCUCCAUGGUCGUUUUAAGAAGCAGCUGACAGAGCGUGAUGUAGAGUCUAUCUGCAGAGCCCUUCUGGCCUACUGUCUGGUUCACUACCGCGGUGACGACAAGAUCAAGAGCUUCAUGUGGGACCUGAUCGCCCCCUCCGAGGACGGACAGACCAAGGAACUACAGAACCACCUGGGUCUGUCGACCCCAGUCCCCAGAGGCAGGAAAGGGAAGAAGAUGAAGACUCAAUCCAGCACAUUUGACAUCCAGAAGGCUGAGUGGAUCAGGAAGCACAACCCAGAACACAUGCUGCAGGACGAGGGAUACAAGAAGCACCUCAAACACCACUGCAACAAGGUGUUGCUGCGGGUUAGAAUGCUCUACUACCUGAAACAAGAGGUGAUGGGAAGCCAGUCACAGAAGAUACUGGACGGCGUGGACUCCAGUGAGAUCAAGAUCUGGGUUCCUGAGCCCGACAGCUCUGAGCUACCAGCCCUGUGGUGGGACAACAUCUCUGACAAGUGUCUGCUGUUGGGGGUCUACAAGCACGGUUAUGAGAAGUAUAACACAGUGCGUGCAGACCCUGCCCUCUGCUUCCUAGAGCGGGUGGGCCGGCCAGACGAGAAGGCCAUCGCUGCUGAACAGAGAGCCAAUGACUUCAUGGAUGGGGACGUGGAUGACCCAGAAUACAAGCCUGCCCCAGCCUUGCUGAAGGACGAUAUGGAGGAUGACGCCUCCUCUCCUGGAGAUCUGGUUGUCUCAGACAACCCUGGAGAGGGUGCUCCAGUGAUGAUGGAGGGGUUAGGUGGUGGAGGAGGAGGAGACGCAGCCUACUGGCCCUCCUCCUCAGUGCUAACAGCCAGACUGAGACGUCUGAUCACAGCCUCUCAGCGCUACACCAAGUCCAGACAGAUCCUCCACAUCCACCAGACCCAGCACACCACCCAGGUCACGCCCUCACUGUGUCCCCUGCCACCCACCCUCAACGACACUAUCAACCCCAAGAUGGCCGCCAAGAUAGAACGCCAGCAGAGAUGGACGAGGCGAGAGGAAGCUGAUUUUUACCGUGUGGUGUCUACCUUUGGUGUGGUGUUUGACCCAGACCUGGGCCGUUUCGACUGGACCAAGUUCAGAGCCAUGGCUCGGCUGCACAAGAAGACAGACGAGAGUCUGCAGAAGUACCUGUGGGCCUUCACUGCCAUGUGCAGGAGAGUGUGUCGCCUGCCACCCAGAGAAGGAGACACAGCAGUGGACCCCUCUCUGUCCAUUCAGCCCAUCACAGAGGAGCGUGCAUCUCGUACCCUCUACAGAGUAGAGCUGCUGCGCCAGGUCAGGGAACAGGUCCUGCGCCACCCCUUGCUCUAUGAGCGCCUGCCCCUGUGCCAGCUGGGCUCGGACCUGCCCGUGUGGUGGGAGACCGGUACCCACGACCGAGACCUCCUAAUCGGGGCCACCAAGCACGGCGUCAGCCGCACAGACUACCACAUCCUCCGAGACCCAGAGCUCUGCUUCAUGGCUGCCCAGCGCAACUACAGCCAGAAUAAAGGAGUCCAACAGCCAUCCCAGACCCCUACUCCGCUCUUGAAUCCCCAGUACCAGGCUAGUAGAGACCCAGCCUUGGCAGAGUCCCCAGUGCCAACCCCAGCCCAGAUGGAAAGGGAGGACAUCCCGGGGGCAGUGCCCAAAGAAGAACCUCUCUCGGAGGGGGAGGAGCGCAUGGAGAGAGGGGGCCAGGUGGAGGGGGAGAGGUGGAGUCCCCAGCCUGCCCCUCUCACCCCUACAGGGAUAGAGGAGAAGCCUGACCUGGGGGUGGUGAAAGGAGAGAACGAGAGCCACAUGGUGGCGGCACGGACCAAGCCACUCACACCCAACUCAGCCGCCAGGAAAGAGAAGAAAGCCAAUAAAAGAAGUCGAAGAGAGGCCAGACGAGCCGCCUCCGCAGCAUCAGACUCCGACUCGGACGGCUCCUCCUCCAGCUCUUCAUCACGAUCUUCUUCAUCAUCGUCAUCGUCGUCCUCUUCCUCCUCACGCUCCGGAUCCAGCUCCUCUUCGUCUUCAUCCUGCUCAUCAGGCUCCUCAUCUUCCUCUUCCUCAUCUUCAUCUUCCUCUGUUGGCAGUGAGAGUGAGGGAGAGGAAGGAAAGAUCAAGGUUCCGACAGUGGCCAUCGUGAAGGGAUUUGACGAAGACAGUGUGGCGUCUCUCAGCACCACUCAGGAUGAGAUGCAGGACAGUCACGUGACAGAGAACGGCAGCAACAACUCACACCACCACCCCUUCCAGGGAGGAUACAUGCUGGCUGCAUCCUACUGGCCCAAGGACCGUGUGAUGAUCAACCGUCUGGACAGUAUCUGCCAAGCAGUGCUGAAGGGGAAGUGGCCGGGGGCCCGGCGGUCGUACGAGGCAGGAGGGGCUGUAGCCUCCUUCUACACCACCAAGCUGCUGGACAAUGCAGCUGCGGCCAACAACAGCAGCAACCUCUGCUCAGCUUCCGCCUUGGCCUCAGAGGACCCCUCUGCCUCCCCUCAGGGUUCAAAGGUGAAGAAGCAUGUUGCAGGAGAAAAGGAGUUCUCAGUGAAAAUGAAUGAACAGGAGGGGGGUCUGAAGCUGACCUUCCAGAAGCAGGGGCCCGGCCAGCCCCUGAAGAGGCCCCUGGAGCCUGAGGAGGGGCCCCUGAGCCAGCAGCAGUACCUUACAAGGCUCCAUGAGCUCCAGAGUGCCUCAGACACCAGUCUGGCUGACUUCACCAAGCCCCAGGCUGCCAGCUUCCCACAGGCAUCUACAGGUCUGGCAGGUCAGAUGAAGCUGAACGGAGGUAUGGAUGGCCAGCCGGUGGUGAAGAGGAGGAGAGGAAGGAGGAAGAAUGUGGAGGGGAUGGACCUGCUCUUUAUGAACAGGAAAAGAGGACCAGCCGUGCCUGAAAGCGUGCCCCCGGCGUGGGGUGGUAUGAGUCAGGCUGGCACUGGGCUGUCUAUUGCCUCAGGGCAGGUUAACCCCCUAGGGGCCCAGGGCCCUAUGGACACAGAGAGCAGAGUCUCUGUCAUCAACCUGAAAGAUGGGACCCGUCUGGCCGGAGACGAUGCCCCCAGGAGGAGGGAGCUGGAACUGUGGCUCAAAGAACACCCAGGCUUUGUGGCUGACACAGGGGCCUUCAUCCCUGGAGUGAAUAAGAGGCAGCUGGAGCAGUUCCAGCAGGAUGGUAGACCCAAGCAGAAGAGGCAUCGCUGCAGGAACCCCAACAAGAUCGAUGUCAACAGUCUGACAGGAGAGGAGAGGGUCCAGAUCAUCAACAGGAGAAAUGCACGCAAGGUUGGUGGGGCCUUCGCCCCCCCUCUAAAGGACCUGUGUCGGUUCCUUCAGGAGAACCCAGAGUACGGGGUUCCACCAGAGUGGGCCGACGUCGUCAAGCAGUCGGGCUACCUUCCAGAGAGCAUGUUUGACCGGAUCCUGACAGGACCCAUCGUACCAGAGGAGGUGAGUCGGCGUGGACGGAGGCCCAAGAGCGCCCUGGCCAAGGCUGCAGCUACAGCCAACCAGGGGGCCCCAUCCCUGGGCCUCAACCCCCUGCUGGCCAACGGCCUCCUCUCUGGCAUAGAUCUAUCUAGUCUACAGGCCUUCCAGCAGAACCUCCAAAGUCUCCAGUCACUGCAGCUCACUGCCGGCCUCAUGGGCCUGCCCACCGAUGCUAACAACCUGGCCGCCAUGUUUCCCAUGAUGCUCUCUGGCAUGGCUGGGCUUCCCAACCUCCUGAGCAUGGGGGGUCUGCUGGGGAAGCCCCCACAUGAUGCCACGGGGGGAGCUGAGCAGAGGAAGAGGAAGAAGGGAAGCAGAGAAGGAGGAGUAGGGGAGCCCUCGUCUGCCUCCUCCAAAGCCCCCUCCUCCCACUCCCACGGCCCCUCCCACACCUCGGACACCAAAGGUGAAAGGACAGAAGGUCAAAGCAGGGACGGAGAUGGCCGCAUCCCCAGUGUCCAUUCCCCCUCUAGUUCCUCUGCCACCACCUCCACCACCACCCCACUAAGUGCUUCUGCUGCCCAGGCAGCCUCCAGUCACCCUCUGUCUCUUAACCCCUUGUUAAUCUCCAGUAUGCUUUACCCAGGGAUGCUUCUCACUCCAGGCCUUAACCUUCCUGUGUCCACCACACAGCCACCACACAGUGACUCAAACAGUGACCACAAACCCCACAAGCCCACUAAGACCUUUAAGACCGCCCCCUCAAAACCUCUGUCGCCAAGGAGAACACCAGAGUGUCAGGAAGAGGAGGGUCUUGGUGACAAGAGGGAGGAGUCAGGGGAACACAAGGAGGAGAACAGUGGUCCAGAAGGCUCGGGGAAGGCGGAGUCAUCUUCUUCAUCAGAGUCUGGGAGCUCUUCUUCAUCAUCUGAUGGGUCAUCAGACUCCAGUGAUGAAGACUGAGCCUAAUGAAAAUAUAAAUCUAUUUAUGGAUCUAUUAGAAAUGUACACACAUACAGUACCAGUCAAAAGUUUGGACACACCUACUCAUUCAAGGGUUUUUCUUUAUUUUGACUAUUUUCUGCAUUGUAGAAUAAUAGUGAAGACAUCAAAACUAUGAAAUA